CUCGGGGCGGGCGGGCGGCACUGGGCUGCAGCCGCUGCGGGCUCCCGGGCGGGCCGGCCGGCCACCGCCACCACCCGGGCCAUGUCGCUGCUGCGGGACGUGUCGCUGCAGGAUCCCCGGGAGCGCUUCGAGCUGCUGCAGCGGGUGGGGGCUGGCACCUACGGGGACGUGUACAAGGCCCGGGACACGGAGACUUCCGAGUUGGCUGCGGUGAAGAUAGUCAAAUUGGACCCAGGAGACGACAUCAGCUCCCUCCAGCAGGAGCUCACCAUUCUCAAAGAAUGCCGGCAUCCCAACGUGGUCACUUACUUAGGCAGCUACCUCAGAAAUGACCGAUUAUGGAUCUGUAUGGAGUUCUGUGGAGGAGGGUCCCUGCAGGAGAUCUACCAGGCCACUGGACCCCUGGAAGAAAAACAGAUCGCCUAUGUGUGUCGGGAGGCCCUAAAGGGCUUGCAUCAUCUCCAUUCUCAGGGGAAGAUUCACAGAGACAUCAAGGGUGCCAACCUCCUCCUUACCCUCCAUGGAGAUGUCAAACUGGCUGACUUUGGUGUGUCUGGUGAGCUCACAGCUUCAGUGGCCAAGAGGAGAUCUUUCAUUGGGACCCCCUACUGGAUGGCCCCCGAAGUGGCCGCCGUGGAGCGCAAAGGGGGCUACAAUGAGCUAUGUGAUGUCUGGGCCAUAGGGAUCACCGCCAUCGAGCUCGCCGAGCUGCAGCCCCCGCUCUUCCACCUGCACCCCAUGAGGGCAUUGAUGUUGAUGUCUAAGAGCAGCUUCCAGCCUCCCAAGCUGAAAGAGAAGGCUUGCUGGUCCCAGAAUUUCCACCAUUUCCUCAAGCUAGCCUUGACCAAGAACCCCAAGAAAAGGCCCCCAGCUGAGAAGCUCCUGCAGCACCCUUUCACAGCCCAAACCCUCCCCCGGACACUCCUCAUGCAGCUCCUGGACAAACUCAAUGAUCCCCACCUGGGCAUCCCUACCCCAGAGGACUGUGACCUGGAGACCUAUGACAUAUUUCCUGACACGAUCCACUCCAGAGGACAGCACAGUCAGGCAGAGAGGACCCCAUCUGAGAUUCAGUUCCACCAGGUCAAGUUUGGCGCUCCCAGGAGGAAGGAGACAGAGCCCCUGUGUGAGCCGUGGGAGGAGGAGUGGAUGCUGUUAGGGAAGGAGGAGCUGACUGGGAGUUUGCUGCAGUCAGUCCAAGAGGCCUUAGAGGAAAGGAGUCUGACCAUGAAGCCGGCUCUGGAGGAACAGAGCCUGGCCUCCCCUGAGGAUGGAAUGGGAACCAUCAAGCGGUCACCCUUUGGGGGCCCUGGGCCCCCAGGACCUUCUGAAGUGGACUCUCCUGACUCCCCUCCAGGGACGCCAGACCUGCCUCUGGCCCGCUCUGAAACGCCCCCACUGCUCUCUAUGGAAUGGGCCACCAUGAAACGCAAGGAGGACACAGAGAGAUCCUGCUGCCAUGGUCUCCCGCCCACCCCCAAAGUUCAUAUGGGUGCCUGCUUCUCCAAGGUCUUCAAUGGCUGCCCGCUGCAGAUUCAUGCUGCUAUCACCUGGAUUCACCCUGUCACCCGAGACCAGUUCUUGGUGGUGGGGGCUGAGGAGGGGAUCUAUACCCUCAAUCUCCAUGAAUUGCACGAGGACAGUUUGGAGAAGCUGAUUGCCCAGCGCUGCUUCUGGCUCUACUGUGUCAACAACGUGCUUCUCUCCUUGUCAGGGAAGACCACCCACGUCUGGGCUCAUGACCUGCCAGCACUGUUUGAGCAACGGCGGCAGCAGCAGCAGCAGCGGCAGGUCCCUCUCUCUAUCCCCACCCACCGGCUGACCCAGCGCAUCAUCCCCAGGCGCUUCGCACUCUCUACGAAGAUCGCGGACACCAAAGGCUGUCUCAAGUGCUGCGUGGUUCGAAAUCCCUACACGGGGAGCACCUUCCUGCUGGCUGCCCUGCCCUCCAGCCUGUUGCUCCUGCAGUGGUAUGAGCCCCUGAAGAAAUUCCUGCUUCUCAAGAAUUUCACCACUGUCCUGCCCAAUCCUUUGGGGCUCCUGGAGCCUCUGAUACUGGAAGGGAAGGAGUUGCCUCAGGUGUGUGUGGGGGCCACCGGGCCUGGGAGACCCAGCCUGGGCCUCCAGUUCCACGUCCUCCCACUAGAAGCUGGACCCACUGCCGACUUCCUCGUCCCUCCUGAGGGGGCUCCGGGCACUGCCCAGCAGGUGAUCCAGGUGGACCGAGACACAGUAUUGGUGUGCUUUGAACGCUGUGUGCAGAUAGUCAACCUUCAGGGGACCCCGACAGGCUCCCUAGCUCCAGAACUCACCUUUGACUUCCCCAUCGAGACUGUGGUCUGCCUUCAGGACAGUGUGUUGGCUUUCUGGAGGCAUGGCAUGCAGGGGCGGAGCCUGGAGACUAAUGAGCUGACUCAGGAGAUCACUGACGAGACAAGGAUAUUCCAAGUGCUUGGGGCCCAUAGAGACAUUAUCCUGCAGAGCACCCCCACGGAUAACCCGGGGGCACACAGCAACCUCUACAUCCUCACGGGCCACCAGAGCAGCUAUUAAACGCUGCCACCUUUGCUUCCAUGCCCAGGCCCCAGGUGGGGCCACUCUAGGAGAUGCUGGAUCUGCAGAGCCCGGGCUCCUGGGCCUUUUCCGUUUAGCUGGGGAGUGGGGAGAUGACUGUUCCUGAGAUGUGUUUCAGUGUACGUCUGUUGGGGGCAGGGAGGGGGCCAGGAGAAUCCCCCCCAUGUAUACACUUCUGCAAUAACUGGAGUAGACCAAGCUGCUGUGACUUCCCCCUCCACCCGCCGUGUGCCCCCCACAACAUUCCUGUCUCCCCCUCCAGGGGCUCUCCAUCCCCACAGGGGCUAUAGGCUUUCUCUUGGACAGAUCUGGGUGUUGGCCACUGUAUCUACUAAAGAAAUGGGCAUGGCCCCCUGGGGUGGCUGGUGGAGUCCACUGUAUCUUCUCUUCACUUCUUGCCCUGGGCCUCUGCCCCUGUUCAUGGCCCCAGGGAACAUAGUAUUUAACAGAGAAUUAUAUUGGUAUUAAAGUUCACUUGUUUUCCUC